AUCAACGUAGUUCUCCUUUGAGCUACAACCAUAUCUUGAUGUCUGAUUCUGAAACAGAGUCUGAUGACGUUAGAAGUUUUGUUAAUUUUGCAGUAAGAAAGAGAAAGGGGAAAAUGCCGAUGGUUGAUACAAGAAACAUUCAAAGAAAGGAAAAUAAUGAGGGGAAGAGAUUAUUUUCAUCGCCUGAAGAAAUUGCAAAACAAUUCAAGUCAAAAGCACAUGUAGAUCAAGUGGGGCCACAAUGUAGAUUAGAAGAUGGUACGGUUUCUCGUGUAGGACGUGAUCAACAACUCGUACAUCAAGCAGAGGAGGAACAACUUAUACAGCAGUCGAAGGAGCAACUCGUACAUACCACAGAGGAGCAGGAGGAGGAGGUUGCACGAUAUUAUGAUGGAGGACCUUAUGAUUUGACUCUUCUCACGCGGUAUCAUGACCAUAUUGCCCAUAAGUUAUGGUUUGGUCAGGAGCGCGGUGUCAAAAAGGAGUUAAGAGUAGUAUCCCAUGGGAAAAAGUUGGAGAGUCGGGUUCCUCCACAGCUCCCCCCUCUGAUACAAGGUUGGUUGGACGGGUCUGGACUUAGUGCACUUCAAAGGACCAGUUUAAAGAUGGUUGAUGCCAAUCUGUUAUCUGCAUUUGUGGAGAGGUGGCAUCCAGAGACGUCGUCAUUUCACAUGCCAUUUGGUGAAAUGACGAUUACACUAUAUGAUGUGGCGUGCCUACUUCACCUUCCUAUUAGAGGUGAUUUCUACGAUCAGCCUCUAGGUAUAACUAAAGAAAGAGCAACCUCACUUGCUCAUCUGUUAUUAGGGGUUACUUGUGAUGAGGCUAGGGCAGAGACAAGGAGGACUAGGCGUGGUUGUUACCGUCAAGAGUGGUUGUAUGAUUUGUUUGUUAGGCAUUGUAAGACUGACAUGUUUGAAUAUGCUUCUAGGGCGUACAUGUUGUUGCUGGUUGGCUGUACUAUUUUUUCAAACAAGAGUAUCACUCUUGUAGACGCAAAAUAUCUAUCAUUGUUUGAGGAUUUGUCAAAUUGUGGUAGAUAUUGUUGGGGCGCAGCUUCUUUAGUAGUUACAUUAUACGAGCAUUUGGGAAAUGGCUCAAUGAUGUCAUGUAAGCAACUGGGAGGAUAUGCGACACUUUUACAGUGUUGGAUUUAUGAAUAUUUUCCCACUCUUGGUAAUCGAGUAGAGAACCGGGUUGCAUGUGAUGAGCCAGGAAUGGGUGUUGCUCGAGCUAUGCGGUGGAAGUAUCCACGCGGCAAUCUCAAGGUUGAUCAAAUACGAAGGAUGAUAGACGACCUGACACCUAAUGAUGUCAUAUGGUGUCCAUUUGAUAGUCAUCGCCAAGUAAUUCCUUUUGAUGAUAUAUGUCUAUCCAGUGGUUAUAUUCGUUGGUGCAGCAAUGUAGUUCCUUACUUGCCCGAGAGGUGCCUUCGACAGUUUGGAUACAUACAAUAUAUACCACGACCACCUCCAAAUUUUAAUACGUUUAAUGUAGAUGUUGAGUGGAAUGAUUGCCAUUCCAGUGCAAAUCAGAUCAUUGGAGAUGCACAUCUGACUUCAUAUCCAUUUGAGGUCACGGAUACAUACAUGGAGUGGUACUACAAAGUAUCACAUCCUCAUUUAAUACGGCCUACUGAGGUUCAACAUGUUCUAGUUGAUGUUCCAAUACAUAGAGUCCUUAGUGAUGAAAGACCUUCUAAUUCGACAUUGGCCGUGAUUGUUAGAGAGUUAGAGGGUUGCGCAAGAGAUUGGGGGGCUGUGCCAGAGGAUCCUGUGUUUAAGCGUUUCUUCCGAGCAUUAGACUAUGCUCGUGACGGACUUUAAAUUAAUUAUUUUAGUUGGUUUUGUAUUUUUGGUAUUCUCUAGAUGUGGUUAUUGUGACAAUUAUGGUGUUCUAUUUUGUAUUAUUUACAUUUGGUUAUUAUCUUAG